CUCUAUCAUUGGCAAACCUUUACCAUUUAAUCGCAAUGAAUUCAUCAAUAGAUUAUAAUGAUGACGAUAGUAUCGAGACUCGCCUUACCAAAACACAGUGUUUAGAGAUGGCAUAUCAAGAAACUCUGCGCAAUGCGGAUGUGCUCAUUAAGGAAGAGGCUGCGAGACGAUUACGAUUACGUAUCCUCAUGCUAGAGAAUGAAAACGACGAAUUACAUGAGCAGCUGGCUGUUGGAGACGAUCGCAUUGAUAUUGUCGAACAAGAAGCCGAGGAGUUACGGACGGAGCUGGGUCAGGCUCAAGAAGAUAUGUCUCGGCAAGAAACAGAAAUACGGUCUCAAGCAAGAGAACUUAGCAAUCUAAAGGCGGAAUUAAUCUCAAUGAGUGGUGUUACUUCAGACUCUGCGAAAGUCCUGACCGAGAAGCUCUCCCUGGCGCGUGAAUUAGCUACUUUGAAGCCGGAACUCGAGCAUCUCCGUUCUCAAGCAUCAUACCAGCAAACAGUACUCGCCGAGAAACUUGCACUGGAGCGCCAAGUUAGCACAUUAGAGGUGGAACUUGAGACUGAGAAACGUGCAGCUUCGAAACGCGCAGCACAAAAGAAUCAGAACCACGAAAGAGAGGCAGAACUACAAGGACAGAUUGACAGUCUGCAGAAAGACCUGGCCAAGGAGAAACGCGGAAAGGACAAAGCUCGCAAGGAGACUGAGGCAGAGCUUCAGGGCCAGAUUGAUGCACUCCAGAAAGAUCUGGCCAAAGAAAGACGCGAGCACGAGAAGACCAGGAAAGAUACCGAAACAGACUUACAGAAACAAAUAGAUACCCUCCAGAAGGACUUGGCUAAGGAGAAGCGAGAGAAGGACAAAGCACGUAAGGAUAUCGAGGCAGAAUUACAGAGUCAAGUAGACGAGCUUCAGAAAAGCCUGGCGAAGGAGAAGAGAGAGCGAGAGAAAGCCCGCAAAGAAACCGAAGACGAGUUCCAGAGUCAAUUAGAAGAUUUACAAAAGGAUCUGGCGCGGGCGAAGCGUGGGAAGGAGACAGCCGGGAAGGAGGCGGAAUUUCAAAACGAGAUAGACGAGCUUCAGAGAGUUCUCGCACGAGAGAAGCGAGAGAGAGAGAAAGACCGGAAGGAAGUCGAUUCAGAACUGCACAUUCAAGUGGAAGAUCUGCAGAAGGAUUUGGCACGGGAGAAGCGAGAGAAGGAGAAAUAUAAGAAGGAAGCAGAGAAAGAUGUGAAAGCAUCACAAACCAAGGAGGCAUUACUGGAGAGCAAACUCGACCAAUUCCGCACCAAGCUUCGAUCGACCAAAGAGCAGCUGAAAGAGUGCCAGACAGAAUUAGCCCAAGCUCGAGCAGCAGUGGUGAAGAGCGGACCAUCACGAGCUCAAGGUGAUGGCCCUGCAAAGACUUCACGGAAGAGAUCGGCUAUGGAGAUGAGCACGGACUUUACAAUUGGCACACCAGACGGCGUUGCUGACAGACGAAAGAGGCCUGGAGUGAUGAGGGGCCGCAUGGACCAGAUGAUAGUUGGGGAAAAGUCGAUGUUCUCCGUCACUCCAUUCCUCAAUAAAACUGUCAAUAUGGCAUUAGAUACACCUUCCAAGGAAUCUGAGCCAGAAGUUGAGGAAGAAGAGGACAAGCCAAUAGAAGCAGAGGCACAAAUCAUUCCUCAGGUUGCAGAAGAAGAGCCACGAAAGAAGGAACCAGAAGCUGUCAAAGCAGCUACCAAGGUAGCCUCGAAACCAGCUCCGAAACCAAGAGGUCGAAAGAAGGCAGCAGACAAAGAGGAAAGCAGUGUUCUUGGAGAAGCAAAGCCCAGUGCCAAGAAUAAGAAACUCCCCCCCAAGAAGUCACGCGCCACACCACAACUUGAGAUGGUCAUGGAAGAAGGUGAUGAGAACGAGGAGCCUGAAGUUACUACAGCUGAGCGAGCCAAAGUUCCAGAGAAGGUGACCAACGCCAAGACAAUGAAGGUGCAACUGAAACCUGCCGCCGCGGAAGAGCCCAGGAUGAAGAAGCGAAAGGUGCUUGGUGGAAGCAAGACUCUGUUCGACGAGGAUGACGCAGAGGCCACCAAGCGACCAGCAAAAAUCAACCUUGGUGCUCCUAGAUCACUGGCAAAGGGAGGAUUGGCUGGGCCGAAGGGUGGCUUGAAGGGAGGACUUGGUGCUGCGAGUGGGUUUGGUGCCUUUUCACCCUUGAAAAAGGAUCGGAGAGGAGUUGGAGCGAGCUUCCUGGGCUGAUAUGUAUGAUUCUUUCAAGGUGGACUCUGAGGAUGGUUGGCGUUUGGGCAUUGAAGGCGUUGUCAAGGUAUAGCAUUGGGACAGGAUACGAUUGUCUGGAUAGUGUGGAGUACACAUGCACAUUGAAUUGAAUUGAAUGUUGAUUUC